AGAAACAAAAUAUCAUAAAUAUCAGAUAUUUUUGUCUGAGAGAUUAACAAUUAUUGUGUACAAAAACUUCGUAUUAUUGCGUUGAGAUAUAAUAAUAAAAAUCGGGUAAAAGGUGCGAGACAAGAGUGUGGCAGUGCACGUGGAGUUUGAACAUGUGGUGGUGUGAGCAGUGAGGUCAAAAUUUGGCAAGAAAUACAAGAAAAUAAGCCAAGAAUAGAACACAAAUAAGAACAAGAAAUAUACAUAAAAGCGGGAGUCGAUACAAAAGCAUUCAGUCCCACGCCAAUUACUGGACAGGGUUGGAGUGGAGGCGGGGGCAGUGAUAGGGCAGGCAUACAGUGGUACAGCCAUCUCAGGGAGUAACUAGACCUCCUGACCUGCCAUGACUACACCUGCCAAUAUCCAGUGACCCAGCGAGCCAGGGAGCGCACCACCCAGCCAAAGGACACAGCAGAGAUGAAGGUUGACGCUCUGCUGAAGGAAUUGGAGGGCAGUCUUCCAAUAGCCGCCCUGAAUGAAUUCAAUACUGCAGUGGAGGAGAGUAGUGAGCCACACGCCAUCAUUCACGAACUACUCCUCACCUCAAGGAAAUGCAAUGAAAUCCUGGACCUGUUGCUGGCAGAGAAGCGAACCAGUUCAGAGCUAGCCACCAUUUUUAUUACUCUUGGUCACAUAGUUUUAAACAUUGCUGGUGAGAUAACAGAAUACACUCAUGUUGGUCUUCACAUCACUCAGCAAGUACUUCACAAUCAUGAAACAGCCAUCUAUAAACUUACUGGACAUGGAAUUACCAACAGAUCUUCAAAGGCUAUGCUCCGUUGUCUUACAGGAAUGGUUAUGCUUGGAGAAGAGGCUGCAAGUGAUGUAUUGUCUACAUUGGAUUGGGGAAGAAUUAAUAUUGGAGUCAUUGCACAUCGGCAGAAUUCAAAGGAUGUGUAUGAUGUUCGUGCCUGGUGUAUUUACUUAAUUUUGGCCUUCCUGAACUCCCAUAAAGAAUCUUGUGUUAUAACUCAGUUUCUUCAAAAAGAUGACUUGCUGCCGGCCAUAUUUCCUGGUCUUCUUUGGGAUCCUUGUGAACGAGUCAUCAAUGUGCUGAAGGUGAUGCGUGAGUCUGUGCUGUUCAAUCCAAAUGUCACAAAGACCAUGAAGAUAGCGAUUUUUACACCUGAACGUACCAAAUACCUUCUUUACCUUUACAAGUGGAAGGGGCCUGUUGGAAAGCUUGCUACAGGAGAGGAUCUUGAAGACUUAGAUAGUGACUUGGCAAAAGAAGUUCUGAGUGAAAGAGCUCAGAUCAAAGAAGUUCUUCAUCCCUUUAUGUUAAUUCUCUUCACUUCAGCUACUAGGGGAAUUAUAUUUACAGAAAGGAUUCAAGAAGGAGCAAUGAAGUCAAAUAAUUUGCAUAGCUAUAGGAUUUUACUUCAUUUAAAGACACCAUGGCAAAGUCCUGAGGAGAGAGAAUUAAUGGGUUCCUUCUUGGGUAAGUGUCCUGACCUUCUCAGGACGUAUCUCGCCUCUUUGAAGGACUCACUUGAACCAAGACCUACAACAGGCUUUGUUUCCCUCAUGGACAUGGUGACUUGCAUUAUUGACAGUCAGAAACCGUGGUUGAAAAUAGAAACACAUGGUCUUCAAUGGGCAGUGGGAUGCAUCAUACCUCAGCCACUUGUAUAUCUCUACAUCAAGUCUUUGUUGGAGUCAUGUGACAUCUCAGUCAGAUAUUCUGGCAUUAUGCUUGUGCUUGCUAUGUUGUCCAAAACCAAGGAGACCAUCGAGAACAUUAUGAAUAGCAAGCAACUCUCACAGAAAGUAAAACAUGAAAAUCAAGAGAAUGUCAAGAAAAUAGUGUUGAAGGUUUUGAAGCCAAGUAUCAUUAUUACUUGUUGGAAACUUGCUUUUUAUAAGGAAAUAACUGACACCAUGAAAAUGGAAGGGACUUUAGUUCAACAUUUAGUGCCACCACAGAAAAUCAGUGAGCUUCUAAAGCUUAUCAAAGUCCUAAGUUUGUAUAAUGAAAUGCAACCCAUUGAAGCCAUAUAUGAGAUUGUUGACCCAUUAAAGGUACUGGAGAUCAUACAUAUGGUACCAGUAGAUGAUGAUGAUUGUUCAGAGGAAUAUAAGGAAAAAAUAGAACUUCAAAUGAUGUGUCUAGAACUUAUGGCUCACAACAGGAAAAGUCUGGAAAGUGUUAUUGACACUUUAACAACUGCAGAUGAGUUUAAUGAGAAAGUUAAAGAAAAUAUUUUAUAUAAAUUGAUAAGUAUAUAUGUACAAGCUAAAAGGGCAUCAGUAACAAAUAAGAGUGAAGAUCUGAAGGUUCUUCUAAUUGAGAAAUGCUGCAGGAUUUUGUCAAAUGUUCUUGCUGAAGUAGGAUUACCUGCGCAUUAUGAUGGAAGUAUUAAGGUUUGGUUAAAACACAUUACACUUGAAAGAGAGACAAAACUUACAUCUUUCUUAACCAAAGUAAUUCAGAAGACGGUGUCAUCCCUUCAUCACUACACAGAUGUUGUUAUCAAGAUGAAAAGUCAGUUGAGGGAAAAUACCAGCCAGGAGAUGGGAAGUUCUUUUACCGAGUCAUUUGAAACGAUGGAAGUUGUGGAUAACCAGGAAGUGUCAAACCUUUCAGUUUCCAUGCCAUUUUCUCGAUUGGUUCUUGGUGCAGUUAACUUGCUUGAAGAAGAAUCAGACCCAGACUGUAUUGAUUACUUUUCAAAAGUAAUUACUGAUUAUCAGUAUUCUGUGAAUGAUCCAGAAUUGUUGACUGCUUUUCUUCUUCACAAUGAAAAGGUUAUGACACCAACAUUAGUCAACUAUUUGAGAGCCUGGUGCAGAGAAACCUCCAGCAAAUCACAAGAUGUCAAUGUCUUAGCAGAAAACUCCAACCUUUCAGAGAUACUGAAAUAUCUUUUUAUGACUGAUGAUGUGCAAGCAGUAGAAAAUUUACUAAGUCUUGAAAAAUUGACAGAAGUGAUAUCCACAUCUGAUUUGGACUUGAUCAUCUCACAGAUUAUCUUGUACAUACAUUUGAAAUUAGGCAUGAAGAAGAACAAGAAAGUUCUGAAAAAGUAUGCAGAUCUUUUGAAAGAGAUUUACUCAUUCCUUGAAGAUAAUGAUCCAAAUAAAGCUGAGCAUGUAUUGCAGACUGUGCUGGAACAUCCCUUGAUAUUGACAGCUUACAAACCAUUCUCCUCAAAAAACUUUGCAGUUACUGAGCUGAUUCAGGAUUUUAUCGCAGCUAUUUCAGCAAAGCAGCCAGAACUUGUCUCAAAAGUAGUUCCAUAUUUUCAUAAUAUAAUGAAGGCUUUGGAAUUUCACCUCAAUAGAAAUGAUGUUGUAAAUUAUUGGGAUCCACUUUCACCUUUCAUUAUGUUGAGUCACACAGUUGUGAGUUAUGAAGCAGCUGAACAAAUGCUCACUGCUUGCCUUAAGACUCCAUGUUCUAUAUCUGAUGCCUUAGAAACUCUUUUGAUUGAGCUUCUAAAACUUAUUUCAAGAACAACAAGUUUCAAGAGGAAGUUAAAAGAAGAAACUGUUGAGCUUCUGUUCAGCAAGUUUUAUGAAUGGGGAAGAGCUAAGGAAGUAUCUGCCUCACAUGAAAUUCUCACUCAGCGUGCUGAAACUCUGCUGAUUCAAGUGUUAAGUCCUGCAGCUAUUGAACAGCUUACUGCAGGGAAUUUGAAAUCUCUGCUGCAGUUCCAGCCACCGUGUCCAGAUCUUUGUUGCCACAUAGUGAAACAGCAUCCGCAGCACAGCCACACCCUUGCUAAGUACCUGAAGAAGCAUGGAACCAUUUUACCACAUCAGGCUCCUCUUUUAGCACAACUUUUGAAUCAGAAUGACAUUGCUGAGAAGGCGACUGGAGCACUCAUUAAGGUUUUGAGUGAAAUAAAGACGUGGAUCCUGGAUUUUGAGGGUGAGGAGGAUAAAACAAGUCUGCUGCUUCCACACAUCUUCAGCAAGGGAUUAUUGGAUGAAGAGACUCUGACGGAUGUUUGCCACAAGCUUUAUGAGGAGAUAGUCACCAAGAAGCAAUCACCACCCAAAAAACUGAUGUGUUUGUUACCAGUGUUCAAAGUGCUGAAGACAUUCCCUGCUGAUCUGCCAGGAGAACAUUUGUCAGUGCUCCACAUCUGUCUGAGCUGUAUCAAAAUGACGUAUCAGAAAGAAAACCAGCAAUCAGGUCUUUUGUUGAGUGUUGUUAAGCUGGUAAAUGAUAUUGUUGCUGAAGUUGAUGAGUCUUCACUUCAAAGCAAUCUUACCAGCAACAAACUUUGGUCCUCUUUUGCCAAACAGGUCUUACGUGUUGGAAUUACUGAUCCCAUCUUAGGCCCUGACUUGGUACAGACCCUUGCCCAGUUGUCGUCAUUUGUAUAUAGAAAAGAUGGCAAGAGUAUAGGUGGAGAAUGUGUUCUUCCCAUAAAUACUCUCUACCAAAUGAUCAUGGCACACUCUCAGUAUUUGGCACUCAUGUUCAAUGAAGAGGAGGAAUGGGAGAAGCUGAAAGAGAAAGUGGUAUUACUGCAGCAGACACUUGUAGAUUGUGAAGAAAGUGUGUGUCAGGAGAACCAUGUGCCUAUCUUGCUUGGGGCAUAUGGUGCAUCAAUGUCACUUCUGGAUCAACGGAUUCUAAAACUGCUGUUCACCUAUGAAAAGAAGGGUUACAUGACCAGCUACCAACCAGUCCUGUGGGGCAAAGCUGCUAUUGUUCAUUUUGGUGUGAAAACUCAAAACAUAGGUUUCUUCAGAGAUCCCAUGCCAGAACAAGUGCUGGGCCAGCUAAGCAUGGACAAAAUUCUGCACACCUGCUACAACUUUAACACAAGGCUGCCUUUGGAGCCAACAGACAUCAGCAAGGAGGACAAAACAGUGUAUGAUGUUCGAUUUCUGCUGCCACUGAUGUUGUAUUUGUCUGAAGAAGAAAGAUUAAGUGAAAUAGAUUAUGCAGAAACUGGUGCAGCUGUUCUGGGCCUCAUAGCCCUUACAUCACAUGAGCAGCCAGUGUGGGGUGCCGGUGCUGCCAUUCUUAGAUGCAUGGUUCAUAAAAUGGAGAAAUCAAGACAUAAAAGAUUAAGUCUACCAUGGUUUUGGUUGGUAGGAGUUGUCAGUUGUGCCUUGAAAGGAAAGCAGCGGCGCCUGCCAGCACUGACAACUCACUUCCUCAUCCAUGCAUCUCAGCUUCUAUCUCAGCCAGAGCAUCCCUUGUAUUAUAUAGUUCUCAACUAUGUUUAUUUGAAGCCUGACUUCAAACUGUAUUUAGUUCCUGAAUUGUUUAGACUGUACAAUUCUGCACAUAUAACUGACAGUGAAAAGCAUAGGUCAUUCCUGCUUUCCAUCCUCUCAUCUGGAAUCCGGCAGAUUCUUGACUACAAAAUUAGCCAGAGAAGCUUCACUGCAACCCUCAUGAUGGGCAUGCUUCAGGCCCCUUCAGAUGACAAUGAACUCAAGGUACAGGUUCUUGAAGUGCUGGAAGCAAUGGUGCGCAUUCCUCUUGGUGCUGUUGAACUUGUGGUGCAGCAUAGUCUUUUGACUGUGCUGUCUGCAGUGUCAUCACCUGACACCCAUGAUCCCUCAAGUAGCAAAUCCAGCCAUCUAUUGCUUCUAUCAAGUGUAGUGAAAGUUUUGAAUGCUCUCUGGGAAACACUGUUUCAGACUACUGUUAGGGAAGAUAUAGUAGCAAGUGAUAUUCCUGACAAGCAGUUAUUAGAAGUAGAUGAUAGUCACACUAAAAGAAAAGCAGAUCCUGAAACCAAGACUAAUUCUCCUAAAAGAAUUAGACUUGAUUCAUGCUCAAAGGAUUUUGAUGAAGAUGUAAAUGAAGAUGAAAAGUUGAUGGAUUCAAAUGUUCCAGUGCAGAAAUUAUUGCCUCCAUUAUUUGUUUAUGAAUAUCUCAAUACUCUCAAACUACUUCUACCAGUUGUCAUUGCAAACUCUCCACUCACUACUGUGGCGACACAUUUGCAGCUUGUGUCAGACACUUUGCAUUAUGUUGAGACAAUCAGAGAGUCAGUAUUCACUGAGAAACAGAGGAUACGCUUAGUGGCGAUGGCUCCGGACAUUAUGAAAGAACAGGUAUCUAAAAGGAUUCAGUGGAACAUUUUGCAUGAUCUUCUACAAGGAUUCCUGACUGAUGAUGAAGAAGUGAGGCUGCUCGGAACCAAGAGUAAAGACUUCUUAGAGAAAUGGAGAAGUGAGCCCCUCAGUGUCGCUUUACAGAAACUGGAACAUAUUGAGUCUGAUGGUGAGAAAAGUCCUCAUGAUAUUAUGGAAUUGAAGGAGGCUGUUUUGAAGCUUUUAAAUGUAUUAGGAAGAUAAUGAAAAGAAAAGGAAACAUGGAGAACUGAAGGGGGAUAAAUAAUUAUUAGUGUUGCUUCCAUUUAUACUAGAUCUCUGUCAAUGUGCAGAAAAUAGUGUAUGUGUUUGUAUGUGUGUUCUUUCCAGCAGUUACUGUGAAAGAAAAUUUGGAGUGCAUAUAGUGAGCUGUGUUUGGAGAGUGUUGUAUGUUUCUACUUGUGAUGUGUUUUUUCAUUGUUAGGGAGUUGUGUAAAGAAUGUACUAUAUGUUAAGUUGCAAUUAAAUAUUUGUAAUUUC